CGACGGCGCCUGUCGUCACGGGGCGGAUAACGUGAUGCAAGCGCCAUUUUCCCCGAAUAGGAAGGCAGAAUGACUUUGGGGGAAUCUACUAGAAAGGUCCUGGUCGAUGACUCAGGCAAGCAACAGUCAGUCCAUGACCGCGAAUGAUGUACAAGUAUGCGCCGGUAAUUCCUGGUUUCUACCAGCUUUCUCAGCCAGAGUUAUCAGGCCGUCUUCAUGUCUGUGCUAUUCUUAAGCUGAUUCACCGCCACUGCCAGAUGACGCCACCAGCCGUAUCUCAUACCGACGGGGACGGCCGGGUACCAUUCGCGUGUUUCGAUAUGGUAACUCUGUUUCCCCUGAGAAGACAGAGCACCUUCUACACCUUCUUCACCUCAUUUUUGUAUCUCUACUGCUUCCCAAUUACUAUUGAAUCUAUCUUAUACUACAAGUACCUUGUAGACUCCUUAUCAUGAUGCUUCCCCGACCGAUGACGUGUGGUGCCUUAUCACUGCUCCAUCGUCGGCUAAGAGCGGGUCAGGUGAUCGUCGCAACCGGCGCUUUUCUGGGGCCAUUCCGGAAGGCGGUGGAUACAGAGACCGGGGUAGGAAAAAACAAACGGUUUUUAUAGACCUACAUGACUACACUUAGACACUUUGAAACUUUACUUGUCGCCUGCUUCCAGACAGCUGCCAUACCCAUGGCGCGUUUUCUCGCGAAGUGAUCAACUGUUCCGCCCGGAUAGAGCAAGGCAGCAUUCUCCACCGGCCGAGCUGUCAGAGGCUACUUUCCGAAAACACCGGCAUAAGCCUCGACAUGACAGGUCAGAAUGGAG